AUGUCUCAUCAAAAGCGGCCUCAGCUCACGUUAGCUAUGCCAGAAACCCUUCAAGUUCUCGACAUGGGACUUGACUUUAGGUCGUACUUGACGCGUGUCGACGAAAGUGGUGUGCCUAUCCUAGGAAACGUCAUUUCCUAUGGUGCGGCUAAGGUGGCCGACAUUUUUGAGCCUACUGUCGGGCUGCUUGUGACAGUUCUUCACCUUUUUUCGCAAAGCGGUUCGGGCAGUUCAGCCACUAUGUGGCUCAAGACAUAUGAUACAGUCCAAAAAGUAUAUUUGGAGCAGCAGGAGAAUCACAUUAAUACCGAUGGGGCAAAGUAUGCCCAGGCUGCGCGCGACUUCAUUGCAUCGCAGCUGAAUUUAGUCGCUUCCCCCGACAACCGUAUUAUUACUGAGCGUCUUCUUGCAUUCUUGGACUACCAGAGCGGAAUUCGCGGUCCGCAGGCGCCUUCUCAACGAAAGAUUCCUCGCGAUCCGAAGGGAGCAUUUUGCAACCUGCACUUAGCCGACCACAAAUGUUACCAAGAAUUCUCAUGCAAUCAGCUCCACUUACACGAGGCAGGGCCUGUACGCCACCGCAUCAACUUUCUUCAGAAGCUCGCCGAGAUUAUGAUGGCGGAGGAGAGGCCUCGCGCAGAAGUAGUCAAGCGCGUGAAGGACUCGAUUUUUUUCGCCCGGUACGGUAACAAGGUAACAGUUCGGUGCCACAACAAUUGGAUUCCGUUUUUCAAGACGCUUUACACUGACGGACGCCUCGAGCAGGCCUUUCGUACCAACGCGUGUUCUUGCCAAAAUUUGAACUGUCUGGAUGAGCAUUGCAAGGGGAUUCAUCCGCAAGAUCGCCGAGUACCGCCUGCGACAAAACCCAUUGACCUGCACAACGCACAGCAGGUUGCACUGGAGCUGGAUGAGGAAGCCGAGCACGUCGUUAGCGCGGUGGAAAAAGCCAAGAGCGCCCCUGAGGCCCCUCCAGCAAUGUCCUUGGCAUCACCGCUCUCCGUAUUAUCCCCGACAGCUGAGCUAUGGAGAAAUACUGUUCGAGACUACGUGCGCCAGUCUGGAAUUCCUCAGGUUGAGGCUGACGAGUCUCUCUUGCGCACGCUUCAAGAUACGAAGGUCACAGGAACACCGCUCUCAACCUCGGAGCGGAUGACCCCGCUGCUGGCUGAGUUGGAUAAUUACGCGUUCAAUAGCAGCCAGUCAUCCUUCACUAGCGAGUCGCGCACAUAG